AAAAUUUAUUUGAAGCAAAAUAAAAUAAAAUAAAAUUCUGGCAUAAUUUAUGAAUAUUUAUAAAAAAUACACUGCACUGUAAAAAUUUAGGGAUGGUUGCAAGGAACACGGAUAUUCCUGUUUUAGUACGUGCUUAGAUAGCUGCUGUUCCGGCAAAUAAGGUUUGACAUUUGCAGGUUGUCCUGUAGUGCCUUCCGACUGACUCUCCACUCCGAUUACUACCUUUAGCUGCCUGAAAUUUUUGAUCUACUCCUCUCUGUUAAAUAGCACUAACAAAGUCAGUAUACUAACCCAUUACUUUCUCACACUCUUUUCUCUCUCUUUCAGUUGUAGGUACUGAAUGGAAGUUGAAUUUUCUCAUCUGGGUUUCUUCUGAUUCUUAAGUCCAUCAAAAUUUCACAUUUUCUCUUCUGCGUCUUAUUCAACGCUUGCAUAAUCUAUUUCUAACUUACCUUUUCUUUUUCUUAUCUGGGGUCUACUUCAAAUCUUUAAGUCGUUGUAAAGUGCAAUCUCUUUCAAACUGAAUCACCGAAGAGCUUCGGUUUUCUGACUUCUUAAGCAUUUCUUUUUUCUACUUAACGGCAUUUCAGAAAUUCCAAUCUCUAGUUUGACACUUUUAAGUUGAGAUUUCUCUCAUCUGGGUUGUCUAAAAAAGUACAAAAAAGGGGGAAAAAUAAUUGCAUUGAAAUUCACUGUCAAAAUCUUGUUUCACAAAAGUAUAUGGGAUUUGCGACGUUUUAAUUACCAUUAUUAGCAAUGUCGUACAAUCAUUUAGAUCCGCCUAGAUGUUGUGAAAACUCGACAGCCGAAGUGUCGGAUAAACCUAGUCAACUGAAGCUGUACCAAUUUUUUAUGUUCUGUGUACCUAUCUUGUUCACUUUCAUCCUCCUCUUCUUGUUGUACUUGUUCUAUCUUCGCCCUCGAAGGGUCAAUUGGUCGUCUCUUAGAAUGCUAACAGUUUCAGAAAAUGAGGAAGAUAUUUCUAGGGUUGAAUUGGGAUUAAAGAAAGAACUAAGAGAGAUGCUACCGAUUAUCGUGUACAAGGAGAGCUUCUCUGUCAGAGAUACCCAAUGUUCUGUAUGCCUUGGGGACUACCAAGCUGAGGAUAGGCUUCAACAAAUACCUGCAUGUCACCAUACAUUUCACAUUGAUUGCAUUGAUCACUGGCUUUCUACCCACACCACUUGCCCACUCUGCCGCCUAUCCCUCCUUUCCUCGGCUAAAUCUCAACCUGAAUUACCUGAAGUGCAAGUGGAAGUUUGUCAAGUAACCUCUGUUGCAGAGGACAAUUGCGAAACACCUCUUGAACAAGGGCCUCAGGUUAAUGAACAUUUAUCUGCUCUGAACACCAGAGAGCCAAAAUUUCCACAGAACAAUGCUGAAGAAGAUCGUGGCAGAAGUUCUCAAUGCAUUGAUUGUCCGAGAGAAACAAGAGGUGAAAGUGAAACCACAUUGCAUCAGCAUAGUGAUGGACUUUAAGCAUAACAGAGGCCCCUACCUGAGAAAUAGAGAAGCUGACAAUGGCCAUCAAGAAUCAAAUUAUUGCAAUGCUCCAAGUCCAAGUGAGGCACAGCUAUGAGAGGAAAACGUUUAAUAACAAUUUUCUAUUAGAUAAAGGGUCAUUUGUCCUUUAAAAGCUGCAACACGUGUAACAAACAUUGUCAUCGUUGAUAUUCAUUCUAGGAAGAUUAAAGAAAUCGCUAACCAGCGAUGGUUUAUGGAAAGCAAUUGUUGAAACUACUAUUUCCCUGUAAUUAAUUCAAUAUAGGUAUUUAUUUCUAGAUAAA